GGCGUUACAGCCCGAUUCGGAUCGUGAAAGAAGAUAGGAAAACGCUCGAGAGGGGUCCGGCUUUCUUUCGAAAAAAUCUUUUGCCCAUUAGGGCUUCCGCGCAUCUCUCUCCUCUCGUAUUCCUCGCAUCGUUGCAGCAGUAGCUUCCUGAGGCGUUCUUCCUCACAUCACGUCUUGCUCGGCAGAGCCUUUCCUCAGCAGCGCCGCUCCGCUGCGAAAAGGUGGCAUUGGGCUUCCUUAUCAUCUGGAGGAGUACAUGUGACUAUCUGAGGCGAAAAUAAGGCUCAUGCAGACUUGUGAAAAACAAGUUUCUCCAAGUGUUGCUGGUUAAACAAAAUUUGGCUUGUGUAACAAAAUUUAUUAGGGAACUUUUCUGUUAUCUCCCACAAUGGCUGAUGGACAUGAAACUGAUAAGAAUAUUGAAAUAUGGAAGAUCAAGAAAUUAAUUAAGGCACUGGAGUCUGCUCGUGGCAAUGGCACCAGCAUGAUCUCUUUGAUAAUGCCGCCAAGAGAUCAAAUAGCUCGGGUUACUAAGAUGUUAGGCGAUGAGUUUGGGACUGCAUCAAACAUCAAGAGUAGAGUGAAUCGGCAAUCUGUGUUGGGAGCCAUCACAUCUGCUCAGCAGAGGCUUAAACUUUACAAUAAGGUUCCUCCAAAUGGAUUGGUUCUGUAUACAGGAACUAUUGUGACUGAAGAUGGGAAAGAAAAGAAGGUUACAAUUGAUUUUGAGCCUUUCAAACCCAUCAAUGCUUCCCUUUAUCUGUGUGACAACAAGUUCCAUACUGAAGCUCUGAAUGAACUUCUGGAAUCUGAUGAUAAAUUUGGUUUCAUAGUCAUGGAUGGUAAUGGUACUCUUUUUGGGACGUUAAGUGGUAAUACACGUGAGGUGCUUCACAAGUUCACAGUGGACCUUCCCAAAAAACAUGGCAGAGGAGGGCAGUCUGCUCUGCGGUUUGCUCGUCUUCGGAUGGAGAAGCGGCAUAAUUAUGUUAGGAAAACAGCAGAACUUGCUGCACAGUUCUUCAUAAAUCCUGCUACCAGCCAGCCUAAUGUUUCAGGGUUGAUAUUGGCUGGUUCUGCUGAUUUCAAGACAGAGUUGAGUCAGUCAGAUAUGUUUGAUCCCCGUCUCCAGGCAAAGAUAUUGAAUGUGGUUGAUGUAUCUUAUGGAGGGGAAAAUGGCUUUAAUCAGGCUAUUGAACUAUCAGCUGAGAUACUCUCAAAUGUGAAGUUUAUCCAGGAGAAAAAGCUGAUAGGGAAAUAUUUUGAGGAGAUAAGCCAAGACACGGGGAAGUAUGUGUUUGGAGUUGAAGACACCCUCAAGACUUUGGAGAUGGGUGCAGUCGAGACACUGAUCGUGUGGGAGAACCUGGAUGUCAACAGAUAUGUGCUCAAGAACAGUGUGUCCGGAGAUAUUGUCAUAAAGCAUUUGAACAAAGAACAAGAGUCUGACCAGAAUAACUUUCGCGAUCUGUCUUCUGGUGCAGAGCUGGAAGUUCAAGAGAAAACAUCUCUCUUGGAGUGGUUUGCCCAUGAAUACAAGCGGUUUGGCUGCACCUUAGAGUUUGUUACCAACAAAUCUCAAGAAGGGUCCCAGUUUUGUCGAGGGUUUGGUGGUAUUGGUGGAAUUCUUCGCUAUCAGCUUGACAUAAGGUCAUUCGAUGACAUAUCUGAUGAUGGAGAAGUAUAUGAAGAUUCAGACUAGCAAUCAAUUUAUCCAGAGGGCUCGUGCGGAGCUCCCUGUGCUCGCCCAGGCUUUGGUUGCCGUGAGAUGCUUGUGAUGACUGAUGCGGCGCCCGGCAAUCAACUGCAUAUGGAGAUCGAAGCAGCUGGAGAGCAACGCCUUCAAGCAGUACGGGUGACAGUGGAUACAUCUAGAUAUGUGAAGUUGCUUGCACCCUAGAUAUGUGAAAUUGCGUUUUGCAGCAGUUCAUCAUGGUAUAAAACUUCUCUAGACUGGGAUAGCGGUGUGUUAUCGACUGAAAUUUGCUACAAGAAUACUUGCUGUUCUCUGAUGUUUUCCAUUGAAAUGUAGCAGCUAAGUACAAUAGCCAUUGGCGCUUGUGUGUUUUUGUUGCUGUAGGUACCUCGUCAUCUUGUUUGCCGUCUCUCUCUCUCUCUCUCUGGAUUUUCUUGUUUUUGUGAAAUUUAAUGGUCCAAGGAUUGCGGCACCUUUGUAGUCAUUUUGAAGUAUUAUGGCAUUAUUAGAGUUUUGCAAGUCAAA